GGAUGAGGAGCAGUUUGCAGUCACGGGAGUGGACCACGGUGCACAUUUUUGGUCUCGUCUCAGGUCUGUUCUGUCUCCUGCCCCGGCACGAUGUAGCCCAGAGGGACCUGGACCGUCUGCAUUUUCUGCAAAACAUCACAUUGGCCAACGUGCCGAUGGCAUCAUGCCAGGUGGCGGCGAAUGAACAAUUAGGAGCAAAUGCGUCUGCGGCCUCGAGACUCCCAUCCGGCCCCGUCUCGGGUCCCGAGCACCCCGGGAUGUUUCCCCGGCUUCUCCUCCUCCCUGUGACGUGGGCGUCCUUACCGGUCAGCCGUGUACUGACUUCGGUGCUGAGAAGGAAGCAAAUGUCUGCAGUGGUAUCUGGGUCCCUGUUCAGGGAGGGGACGGAUCCAGCGGAAAACAAAACGGAGAUUCCCAGCCCCGUGGUGCCAACGUCCUGGCGGAGGACACAAGCAGUGGACGUCGUGAGUAAGUCAGUGAUGCAGCCGAAGAAAGUAAUUCAAAGAGUGAAGGCUGCAGAGCACAGCAGGGAGGAGGUCACACAGGGACGGUUGAUGACGGCGGGACACAGGGAAAUUGUCCUUGAGACUGUGACAUUUGAGCGAGGAUGAACUUCACUGUGCUUAACCCCAGCACCUGACUCACAAAGUCCGACGUCGACACAACCCCUGCUCCCCGCUGCUCGCCGCAGGGCACGCAGCGCCGCAUCUCUGGCCGACCCUUCUUGCCCCACGGGGUCCCAUUGCCCGGGACCUUUGCAUGACCUGGUUUCCAUAAACCCCCAAGAUCCUCGCUACUGGGGUCUCCAAGGGGACUCCGAACGUAUAGCA